AUGGAAGACAAGUUUGAUGAAGGUACGCGCAACUACAACGAUGAGUCAAGUGUCGUUGAGUUUGAUGAUCAUGAUGAGGACGAAGAAAAAGAAGAAGGUAAAACUGACGACGACAUGGACUCGAGCGACGAUGACAACGAAGACACCAGGUCUUCGAAGAGCAACAUCAAGAGACACACGCGCACUCAAUCACUUGAGAAAGCUACCGUCAUUCCAAGUCCCAAGCGAAGAACAUACAGAGGUCCGUCGCUUGAGCAUGUUGGGGAAACGCCGACUACAUUCAAGUCGGCGAUGGAAUCAAGCGACUCCGGCAAGUGGAAAGAAGCGUGUGACUCGGAGUUCGACUCGCUUCAGAGAAACGACACGUGGGAAAUCGUGCCUCUUCCGAAAGGUCGCAAGGCCAUCGGGUGCCGAUGGGUUUUUCGUGUAAAGGAGAAUCAAGAUGGCGAAGUUGAACGUUUCAAGGCAAGACUUGUGGCCAAAGGAUUCUCACAGAAAUUCGGAGUUGACUAUGAAGAAACUUUCGCACCGGUGGCCAAGUUCACAUCGAUUCGUGUGGUGCUCAGUAUGGCGGCUAAGUACGGCCUAAUGCUACAUCAGAUGGACGUCAAGACAGCGUUUCUUAACGGCUCCCUCAACGAAGACAUCUACAUGGACCAGCCGGACGGAUAA